AUGGGGUGUACGCAGUCUCGCGUGGCGGGCGCCUCGGCGCGUAGCCAGGGGCCUGCGUUGUCGAGGUGCGAGAAGAUUGGGGAAAAGUCGGCAUUUUCGUUUGCAGCAGCGACCUCGUCUGCCUCUGAUCCUGUCUCUCUGCCGAAAACGCACCAAGAGGAAGCCUCGGUGGCGCACGCGGAGCCUUCUUUGCAAGCCCCGGCGCCACCGUGGCGUUCUCAGCUCGAUGCGCCCGCCGAGGGAGCGCUCAGUGCGCCGCUCUACUCGAACUCGAAGGCCGCAGAUGCAGAAGGCAACGGCAGUAGCGAAGAGCCGCAGGCGACAAAUGAGGGCGGCAAGCAGCCGGUGUCUCCUGAGUCGCCGCCUCAGUCUGCGCUGGAGGAAGAGAAGCGACAGCUUGAUGCAUCGCUUAUGACGGGUGGCGGCCAGUCGCCAGAGACUGCAAACGGUGACAGAGCGGAGGGGGGCUUCCGCGAGGCACUGCAGAGUCAGGGCGACGGAGAGGGGGGUCGGCAAGGACCCGUGGAGGACGCGGGGCCCGACGCAAGGCCUUCGGCCGUCGCUGCGGCAGCCGCGCGCCGCCCCUCGCGCGAAGAGGCAAAGCCUGUUGUGGAGAAGGCGUCGUCUUCGGGUUGCUUGCCCUGCGCUGGCGCGUCCCGAGCGUCGCGUUGGUUUCGGCCACUUUUCUCAGCCGGUCAGCAGAAAAGCAGGAGCGAGCGGACGCGCGGGCGCUUCGUCUCGCACCGGUUCACCUGGAAGUCAAGCGCGCCGAGCGGACGCCAACGGGGCCUCUCGUUUCGCGACAGACUUCAGCGAAAGUUCCGGACUUCCACAGUGGGCGCCCGAGGCGGCUUUCCAGAAAACCAUUCGAUGCACGCCUCAGUGAUCUCGCAGGGCGCCUCGGCGCGAAGUAGCACGACCUCGUUCGGCGGGCGCCUGGUCGGGCCCGCGCUCGUACACAAGACCCGCUGUCCGCGCUGCGGCCGCAAUCUCCCGCCAGUCCCUUCGGAGAGCCUCUUCUCGUUCACCGGAGCCCAACGCGGUCGCCACCCGCCGGCCCCGGGCCCGGGCCCCGCCGCGGCGGAGUCACACGCGCACGCGCAGGCCGAGACCGGCGGCCGCGCGCCGCACGAGUGCCCACAAGCGACGAGCGAGGCGCUCCUCGCCACGCCGGCGCAGCUCGGAGCGCCGUUCCACCCUCCCCUGCCGCUUGAUCCCGGGCCUGGGCUGGCGCGCGCGCCGCUAGCCCCGAACUCGCAUCGGCCGUACUUCGACCGCCUGCGGCCCGGGCGGCUGCGUGCGCCCUCUGGCGCCCAGAGCGCGUGGCUGAGCCCGGUGAGCGUGAGGCCCUCCUCGCGCCCGAACCAGGGCUCUGCCUCCUUUGUGGGCUGCGGGACGCUGGCGCCGGCGACUGGGCAGGCGCCCGGCGGGCGGGCGAAGGGCAGGCGGAGUCCGCUAGCGUUUUUCAGUCGAGAGGGCGAGUCGCACCCGGCGGCGGAGAGCUACCAGGGGCGGACGACGCCCCUGUUUUGCGCGACAGCGACCGCGAGCGAGGCGAGUUCGCUGCGGAGAGACCCCAGGGCGUCGUCGCCGUCUCGCGACCGCCGCGCGAGAGAAAUCUGCACGCGGUGCGGCUGGCCUGGCCCGCCGAAGAAGGUCCCUGAGCGCCCGUUCGACCCCAGCGCCCACGCGACACACCACGCCGCGCGGCGCCAAGCCAGGCGACCGGAGCGCGGGCUCUCCUCCAGCACGCUGGGCUCGGAGGUGAGUGUGCCGCCAGAGUUCGUCGUUACCGAUCCGCUCUCCUUCUUCAACUCCCUCACGCGUACGCCGUUGUUCUCCAGUCGCAUCAAAACGCAGUUGAAACUCGAGCAGGUCUACGAGGUCAGCAGCCACGUCCUCGGAACAGGGAUCAGCGGCGCCGUGAGGAUUGCUAAGCACCGGCAGAGCGGGCGAAAGGUUGCAGUGAAGACGCUGUCGCUCUCCUCGAUGGCGCCGAAGAAAACGCUCAUGCUAUACAACGAGGUCUCGAUUUACCUCCAAGUCGACCAUCCAAACAUUUGCAAGUUGCUAGAGGUCUUCGUCGACGACGGUGAGGAGACAGCGGGCCCGCGCAGAGGCGGAAGCACGUGCAACGCGCCGGGCGCGCCCAAGGCAGCGGCGGCGAAGGGAGAUUCCCCUGCGCCUGCCGCGGCCGCCGGCGAGUCGCAGCCCGCGUCGCCCGCCAAGGGCGAGGCGAAGGAAGUGCACGCGAGCGAGGAAGGCAGAGGCGGCUUGCAGGUCUCUCCGGAAGAAGAGAAGGAGCGCCGCGAGGAGGCGAGGGAGCGGAGAGCGAGCUGUGUGUCGAGGACGUCGCGCGCGUCGGACGACGGCCCCAAGCGGCGAAUCCACCUCGUUAUGGAGCUUUGCACGGGGAAGGAGCUCUAUGACAGACUCGCCAAGAAGAAGAGAUACAGCGAGAAAGACGCAGCCAGGGUCACCCGACAGAUGCUCUUUGCAAUCAACUACUGCCAUCAGAGACAUAUCUGCCACAGAGAUCUCAAACUCGAGAACUGGGUGUAUAGAGACAAUAGCGACGACGCGCCUUUGAAGUUGAUCGAUUUUGGAUUUAGUCGCAUAUUCCAUCCUGGCGCGCUCAUGACAGCCAUGCACGGGACUGUUUACUACGUGGCUCCCGAAGUCAUGGACGGCAAAUACAAUGAAAAAUGUGAUUUGUGGAGUAUAGGCGUCAUUGUGUACAUGCUGCUGAGUGGAAGCCCGCCAUUCACGGGUCAGGGCGACCACGACAUUCUGAUCAAAAUCCGGCGCUGUAUGUACACCAUGAGUGGACCCCGGUGGCAGGGGAUCUCCGAGCAUGCCAAAGACUUCAUCCGGAGCCUGCUCAUGAGAAAUCCCGAUGAGAGGCCGUCGGCUGAAGACGCUCUGAAGCACCCCUGGUUGCUGGACGUGGAGAAGGAGGCCCUCGCAGACAUCGAGAUCGACGUCAGCGUCAUCAAGAGCAUGCAAAAGUUUGCAGCUUGCUCGGCCAUCAAGCGGGCUUCUCUGGGCCUCAUCGCCAUGUCGAUGAACUCCGAACUGCUCGACGACCUCGAGCGCCUCUUCCGGAAGAUCGACGUGGACAACAGCGGGUGUAUCAAGAUGGAUCGCAUGGUCGCCGUCCUUGUGACCUUCCUGGACAUCCCUCGAGACGAGGCGCUUCGCAUUUUCCGGCGCAUUGACCAGACGGGCGCUGAGGAGAUCAACUACAGCGAGUUCCUGGCGGCGACACUCCAGACCCGCAUGGCCCUGAACCAACAACUUAUUCGCGAAGCUUUUGAAAGGUUUGACGUGGACAAUAGUGGACAUAUCAGCCUAGACAACUUGCGCUACGUGCUUGGUGACAGCUACGACAGCGUGUCGGUGGAGGAAAUUCUGCGGCAGUGCGACAGGAAGCAAAACGGAGUCAUCGAGUUCGAUGAGUUCAUGCUAGCCCUGACAGGAGACGAUGCUGAGGUGCUGGAGCGGGGCAAUGCGAAGGAACUCGCAGCUCAAGGCGAGGCUCUCACAGCUCAAGUCAGCCGUCACAUGAGCGAGCUGGCGGACGCGGUGCAGGCUAGACAGCAGGCAGACGAUCUCAGUGCGGUGCCGGCUUCAGCUCGUGAGCGAGCUCCAGUCCCGGCCGCGUCGGGAAUGCAUUCGAGAGAAGGCGAGUACGCCUGUCAGCACGCGAGCAGCAGCAUCGACGCUACAACCCGCUCCACACAGGACAGCGGCAGCAACGGGGCGCGGCGCGACUGUUCGCCGCUCUCUGCGGACGCAGGCGAAGGGAAUGAAGUCCCGGACACGAAUGAUCAGGCACGCCUUUCCCUCCUUCUUGCAUCGCCGGCCGCGGCAGCAGUCGAGCUCGAAAAUGCAGUGCGGGCCUAG